AAUUCUAUGCUUGUCACUUGUCAACCUGUGUUGUCAACUGUCAAAUGUAAAGUUGUGGCACAAAAACAAUUUUCGUUUAUUUUAGAAUUAAAAACGACUUUCAAUAGUCGAUUUUCACAAUGAUGAACCCCCAGCCCUAUUAUGGCAUCCAGAGUACUGCGGGUGCGGUUCCCGUUCGCAACGAAAAAGGCGAAAUUUCGAUGCAAAAGGUGAAGGUGCACCGCUACGUGUCUGGAAAGAAGCCCGAUUAUGCCCAAGACGCGCGUUCGAGCAGCGACAGCGACGACGACGAUUUCCUGGAGCGUCGCAAUCAGCCCCAACAGCCCCCAACGCCGGAGCCUUCACGCAGCGAUGACGAACUGAAUGACCCCCGUUUGCGUCGUCUGAAAAUCGCAGAAGUUGAAACUGAAGUGAGGCCAGAACGCCGCCGUCACGUUGUGGAGCCAGAAGUGUUGGAAUCGUCUGAUGAAGAAUCCGAAAAGGAACAAAUUAAUUUACCCGAACAUAAACACACACUGGAGGCGGCUCCUGACGAUGAUGAGUCCGAAGUGGAGCUUAGCGAUAGCGAAAUCGAGAAACGCAGAGAAAUGAUGAAAAAACGCAUGAUGGAAAAGCAGGAAGAGGAGUUUAUGGUGAAAGAAGAAGAAAAGUCGGAGUCGUCGGAAGAAUCGUCAGAGUAUGAAGAGUACACAGAUUCGGAGGAGGAGACUGGCCCCAGAUUAAAACCGAUUUUUGUAAGAAAGAAAGACAGGAUCACGAUCAUAGAAAAAGAAAAGGAGGUACAGAAGCAGAAGCAGCAAGAAUUGGAAGCUGUGAGAAAUGCGGAAGAAAGGCGGCGACAAACGCUACGUCUUGUUGAGGAAACAAUCAGGAAGGAACAGCAACAGAAAGAUAAAGAAAAUAACGAACCCAACCUUAACGACGUUUGCACAGACGAUGAAAACGACGAAAUUGAAUACGAAGCUUGGAAACUAAGGGAGUUGAAGCGAAUCAAAAGAGAUCGCGAAGAACGCGAAGCUAUUGAAAAAGAGCGACUUGAAGUCGAACGAUUGAGGAACAUGACGGAAGAAGAGAGAAGGCUUGAGCUGAGACUAAACCCCAAACAAGUCACAAACAAAGCCAUCAAGGGGAAGUACAAAUUCUUGCAGAAAUAUUACCACCGUGGUGCGUUCUAUCUUGAUAAGGAGGACGAGGUUUUCAAGAGAGAUUUCGCACAAGCAACUCUGGAAGAUCACUUCGAUAAAACUAUUUUGCCGAAAGUUAUGCAAGUCAAAAAUUUCGGACGGUCUGGACGAACGAAGUACACACAUUUGGUGGAUCAAGACACAACUCAUUUCGAUUCACCUUGGUCAAGUGAAACCUCGCAAAAUCUCAAAUUUCACUCGACACAAGCAGGGGGCGUCAAGCAAGUCUUUGAAAAACCCUCGUUGAAAAAAAGGAAAACGCAGUAGUAAGGUGUAAUAACCACUAGACUUAGAUGCAAAAAAUAUAUAUUUUUAUUCAUCAAUUAAAGAACAAUGUAAUAGGGAAAUCACACUUUCAUACAAGCUUCAAGCAAUAUACAAAGUAAAUUAACAUCAUCAUAAAGUAUAGACUAAAGUUCGCAACAGUUUUUAAAUUAAACAGUUUUAUGUUAACCAGUCAGUUUUAAAAUGCGGUUGAGUGGUUAACUUGAAACAGUUUUAAUUUGAAAACGAAUUAUUUUUGGAACCACCUAAUGACAAAUUAAAGGUUGGCUGUAAUUUAAAAAUUCUCCUACUUAAUUAUCAGCGUGAGUUAAAUUCACCAUUUUUGUGAUAGGUAUCAAAGCGAAUGAAUUUAACUGACGGUAUAUAGUUGAACAAUGGAAAACAGCAUUUUUCAAACAAUCCUAGCGAGUAACUGAAUCAAUAUAAGCGCAUUGUGACUUCGUGCGUUAAUUACAACUUUAAAGCACGAAGAGCAAUUUUGGCAGCGGCCCUUUUAGCCAAGAUUUUGUUCGUUCCAAACCCAUGAACUCGUUUCUUUCUACCUUCACACAUAAAGUCUAAAGAAAC